GCGGCACAAGUCAACAUGACGUCCGUCGAGAUGAAGAGUUUGGCGCGCAGCGUGGACCGCAAGGUGUACACGCCCCUGGAAGGAGUGGCCAACGGCACGAACGCCGCAGUUAUGGAUGAUCGCCCGCUCGUUGACAUCAUAGCCGCGUUGAAAAACGCCCUGGACCGCGAACGCGGCAACAAGGACCUCGAUUCGAUCGACAGCUUGACGCAUCUCCUCAGCGUCAACCGCGUCCUGCGCGACACUCGCGAAGACAUCGAAUCGCUCGUUGGAAAACAGUCCACCGACAAGUGGGUCAUCUCGUUCGACGCGGAAACGUACGCGAAGAAACUCAUGUACGCCGAGAAGCAGUUUGACGAGCUGCUCAACGACGCUGUCAAAGCCGACGUGGCUGAAAUCUUGGUGUGUUUGAUCAACCAAGGCAUUCACGACGAAGCGUCGUUGGUCCUCUUGUACGAGCUAACCGCGGGAGGGUCCGUCGCCGUGCAAAAUGCGCUCUACUACGCAACUGCUGACGCACAAGCCGCGGUGCUGGCGUUCCUCAUGGGUCAUCUCGAGAAGGGCUCGGCUAACAUUAUCAAGAUCUUGCAGCAGCUGUGUGUGUACCACCACACGCAGUGGCAAGCGCUAAUGCGAAUUCCCGCGACUGCGACCAGCGCUUCUUUUCUCGACGUGAUCCUUGCCAAGGUCGGUGCGAUUUCAACCGAAAUUGCCGAUUCCGACGUAGCGCAAGUCAUCACUUGGCUGAACUUUCUCUGCGAAGCCUGCCAAGGGCCGUGCUUGGAGAACCAGUUGCACGUGGCGUCGUCGGACGCAGUUGCCGUGAUCCGCGACAUAGUGUUGGACGAGAUCAUGCUCGAUGCGUCGACAUCUGAAGCCGUUCAAAUUCAAGUCCAACGGAGCGCCGCAGAAGUGCUUCUAACCCUCAUGGAAGGACGUGUCGACGGCGACGUUCAUGCGCGUUUGGUGGUGCUUUUCCCGGUGUCUGCCGUCGUGGACCGACUGCAACGGCACUAUCGCACGGUUCAAGACAAGGUGUACUCGCCGAGCCGCCGCUCGCUCAUGCAGCACACCCUGAGUUUGACCAAGAGCUUGCUGCACUCGGACUCGAAGGACGAGCUCCAGCGUCAUGUGCGCGAAUUCCAAGCCGCCAUCAACGUGCUGCGACUGGUAACUCAUAUUCUGCACGACAAGCAAACGUCAUCGAACGACAACGCGUCCGUCGACACGUCAGCGUUCGACGCGUUCCGCGCGCAGUGGAAAGAAAUGCUCGCGAGCGCCAGAGUGCACACGGCCAUCUCGUUCUUCCAAAACCAGCUCAUCUCGAUCGAGAUCGCGCGGCACGGGACGACGUUCACGUCGUACUUUUUACGCCCCAAGACGGCGCAGUACUUCAACGAGACGCUCAAGACCAAGUUAAUUGACGAAAUGGACAUUGGAAGCGAAGGCGCGUUGGACGUGCUCACGUCUGAAGUCGCCAAAGAUGUGGAGGAGGAGCUGGCCGUGAUCCAAGCCCUGAACAAGACCCCGUUCUACUCGAUCAUGAACAAGUGGAACGUGUGGCUGCGCAAGAACAUGCUCCGCCUCUGUUUUUACAUCAACUUUGUCAUGUUGCUCAGCGUCCGCGUCGACAACAGCACGAUGGUCGACAUCCAGCAGGCCAACAUGCGUUCGGGCCUGUGGGUCGUUGGGGUGCUCGGAUUUAUCCUGUUUGGGUUUUGUGCCGUCUUGUGGCUCUACCAUGUCCUCACGACCUUUUGCUUCAACUACUGCAAGCAGCACGUGUCGUCGCUCAAGCUCUCGUUCACGACGACUGCCGACUACUGGGCCAACACGUUGCAAGCGUUCGGUCCGUUCGCCGUUUACCUUGAGUUUUUUGUGGCGAUCUUUGUCGUGAUCUUUUACAUGGACAUGGUGACAACCACGACGAAAAUCCUCGGCGGUCUAUCUGCGCUGUGGCUGUUUGGCGCGUUUCUCCAGGGCGUGCGCCAUGCCAGCGGCCUGUAUCGGUUCACCGUGAACGAGGACAACGGUGCCGCCUCCAACGUCGUGCUCAACUUCGUCUCGUUCUGGUACAACGUGUUGUACGACACGCUCCUGUCGGGCAGCGUCAUCACGUUUGGCGCGUACACGCUGUGCGCGAUUUGCGGCUUGGGUCUGUCCGUCCCGGCGGUGACGCAGUACUUUGAUGCUGGGCCGUGGGGUCUCAUGUUCUUUGGGUUCCCGCUCGUGGAUAUCCUUGCUACCAACGAACAGCUGCGCUUUAUCGCCACGGCGAUGCACUCGAACAUGGGCAAGUUGGGCGUGACGGCUGUGUUUGGCGCGAUCGUGAUCUACAUCUUUUCGCUGGUCGGCUUCUUCCUUCUCCAAGCCGAGCUCGAAAAUGAAGACCAUACUGUGAGCCACUGCUCGACGUUGCUCCAGUGCUACACAACGUACAUUCGAUACGGGCUGUUGUCGGGCGGCGGCAUCGGCGACUACAUAUCGUCAACGCUCAACCACGAGCUCGAGUUUGAUAAUCCCGAGCGGUACUUUGAACGGCUCGUGUACGACAUGGCGUUUUACGUGGUCGUGAUCACGCUGUUCCUCAACAUGAUUCAAGGGAUCAUCAUCGACGCAUUCACGUCCGUGCGUGAGCAGACCGAGACGAAAGCGAUGCUCCAGCGCGAACGGUGCUUGGUGUGCAAUCGGUCGCGCAACGCGAUCGAGCUCGACGGCGUCGACAACGGGCAGCUCAACAACUUUAGCCGCCACACGACGGACGAACACAACUUUUUUCACUACUUCUUUUACAUCCAGCACGUGACGGCCAAGGACCCGAAGGAACUCAACGGGAUUGAGAGCUACGUCGUCGACAAACUCAAGUCCCAAGACAUGACGUGGAUCCCGCGCGUGUAAGCGAUAUCCCGUGGCUCGUUUCGACGUGGGGUGUCGUUUGGACCUGUUGUAUUGAAUGAAGUACCCGUGCCUGUGGA